CAAGUCCGCGCCUACGUCCCCGGAGGGGAGAAGCUAAGGCAAGAAAAGACAAGAGCGAAAGCCUCCGUUUUCUUCCGCGCGCGCGCGGCGGGCCGUCUUUGCGCGGCGCGAAGGCCGUUUGGACCGCGAGAAAAAAGUCGGUUCGCGUUCCAAACGCCACAGUGGCAUUGAGGAGGGACAUGGCCUUGGAAAGAGGCACUGUUCACUGGCGACGUACGCGAGAGGAAUGUGUGAAGGAAGGCGAGCAAGGAGAGAGAACGCAGAAGGCCGGUUUCUCUUCGCAGGUCAAGUGCUUCGCUUCUCUCGCGUCUUUUCUUGGAGUUGCACGGAAAGAAAGACCCGACAAGACCGUCGCGAAACUCUUUGCCUUUUCGCAGGACGCCACGCUGCACACUCUGGACAGCUGCUCUCACGCCAAGUUUACAGACGCCGCACUGAAGCUUUUUUUCCAACUUUGGGGCGGUUGUUCCUUGUUCUUUCGCGGACGUACACGGACAAGACGCGACUGGUUCGGAAUUUGUCUCUUUCGGCCCUCCCUUUUCAUGUCUUUCUUCUGUCAGCGUCUCUCCUCAAGUGUUCACCGCACUCCUUUUUUUGCAUGCUCCGUCUUCUGCUCUCUGCCUGUGGUGCACCGGAAGCGACUGCUCCGUCGUUUCGUCCUGUCUUCCUGGCCUUCGAACUCUCCGCCGCCGCGCGGUGUCUCUUAUCGGCAGACCCACUGACUGCAUCCCCGUCUCUCUCCGCUCCUGUUCGCUUACGUCCUCUCUCCUCUCUCCUUUCUGCUUCCUCUCUCUCUCUCUCGUUCUUCCCCUCGGUCGUCUUCUCUCUCUCCGCUGCUGCUGCCUCCGCGCUGCACUGCGUCUGCCGGCUGGAGCGCGCCUGGAGACCAAGCUGAAAGACGCAGGUCGCCUGUCACUCCGGAGUCAGCUCUCCUCGCUAGUGACCGCCAGCUUCUCUUCGGUCUCGGCGAACGGCGCUCUUCGCUUUCUGCCUUCCCUCUCGCCUUCUGCCUUCCCUCUCGCCUUCUGAAAAUGGCGAACCACAAGGAGACCGAGCCCCCUCACGCCCCAGAGGCGGCGGAACGACCCAAGGCGAAGAAGGACGCUGCUCACGAGGACGAGGAGCCGAAGAAAACGAUUCCCCUCGACGACGCAGAUAUCAACAUUCUCAAGUCCUACGGACUGUCUCCGUACGCCUUCGCGAUCAAGCGCCUGGACACAGACAUCAAGAGCUUGACUGAAAAGAUAACGAAGCUCUGCGGUGUGCGCGAGAGCGACACUGGCCUCUGCCAGCCUUCGCAGUGGGACUUGGCGGCGGACAAGCAGCUGAUGCAGGAGCAGCCGCUGCAGGUCGCGCGAUGCACGAAGAUCAUCUAUCCCGGCGGUCAGACGCGAGGCGGCGAAAACGGAGAAAACGGCGAGAGCGGUGGCGCAGGAACGACCGCUCCGCCCCCGUUUGGAGGAGACGACGAGGAACCCAAGUACAUCAUUAACGUCAAACAAAUCGCGAAAUUCGUCGUCGGACUCGGCGAGAAAGUCGCCGCCAUGGACAUCGAAGAAGGCAUGCGCGUCGGAGUCGACCGCAACAAGUACAAGAUUCAGAUUCCUCUUCCGCCCAAGAUCGACCCCACAGUCACGAUGAUGACAGUUGAAGAGAAACCCGAUGUAACCUACAACGACGUUGGAGGCGCGAAGGAGCAGCUGGAAAAACUGAGAGAAGUUCUUGAACUUCCUCUCCUCCAUCCAGAGAGAUUUCUCUCUCUUGGCAUCGAUCCACCCAAAGGAGUGCUCCUCUACGGACCCCCCGGCACAGGGAAAACGCUCACCGCUCGUGCUGUCGCCAAUCGAACAGACGCAUGCUUCAUCUGCGUCAUCGGCUCCGAACUCGUACAAAAGUAUGUCGGCGAGGGCGCGCGAAUGGUGCGCGAGUUGUUUCAGAUGGCGCGCAGCAGACGUGCAUGCAUUUUAUUCAUCGACGAAGUGGACGCGAUCGGCGGGAGUCGAGGCGGAGAGGGAGAAGGCAACGCCCACGGAGACCACGAGGUCCAGAGGACCAUGCUCGAAAUCGUCAAUCAACUGGACGGCUUCGAGGCUCGCGGAAACAUCAAAGUCCUCAUGGCCACCAACCGUCCAGACACUCUGGACCCUGCGCUGCUUCGUCCCGGUCGUCUCGACAGAAAAGUCGAGUUCGGCCUUCCGGACCUCGAAGGACGAACACACAUCUUCAAGAUCCACGCAAAGACUCUCAGCGUCGACCGCAACAUACGCUACGAACUCCUCGCCCGGCUCUGCCCCAACAGCACAGGCGCUGACAUUCGUUCCGUCUGUACAGAGGCAGGCAUCUUGGCUAUUCGCGCAAGAAAAAAGAGCAUCAGCGAGAAGAACUUCAUCGACGCAAUCAACCGAGUCAUCAAAGGCUACAAGAAAUUCAGUGCGACUGCCAAGUACAUGGUGUACAACUGAGGCUCUUGUCUCCUCCGUCUCCCCUGCUCGGUGCUCUUUGGGGCCGUGUCUGUUUUCGCGGCUAGGCGGCAGGAGGCAGAUUUUCCUACGCGUCCGGAGAUCACUGUCUGUUUCCAAACGCGCUGGUGUUCAGUCGCGCCAACGUCCCCUCCAGCUCUCUUCUCUUUUGUACCACUCCGCAUCGGGAAAAGCACGGACCUCUCUUUCCGUAUGCUCGACGCAAGCGCAUCUAUACAUUCAUACUUCCGUACAUGCAGGUGGAUACACAUAAAUAUAGAUGUGCACGUGCAUGUAUGUAUAUAUAUAUAUAUAUGUAUAUAUAUGUAUAUAUAUGUAUAUAUAUAUAUAUCUAUGUAUAUGUAUAUAUAUCUGAAUGUAUGUAUGUGAAUAUGUGGUUCUGGGUGUAUGUAUACGCAUGUGUAGAGAUGGGUGGCUCCCUUGGUCUGGUGACCGAUUUGGAAUAGAACAAGUGUGGGGAGAAGGAAGAUUCAUCGCACUGUCAGUUGUCUCCAGUCGACUGCGGGGACAUGCAGGAAGCAGGAACAACUUUCUCGGCAGAAGAACCUGAGUUUCUUCUCCGUGUCAGCUGGGGGGUUCGCCUGUUUCAGCUUGCUGGGCUUUUGCCUUGAAAGAGACUGUCGAGAACUCGAAGGAGAGCGAACUUUUUGAGGAAGUGAACAGACAUCUGAGUCGGUCCGUAAAACUCACAACAUGUCCUGCGCUGCCUGUCCUCUCUCUCCUGGGGAGUGACAAACGUCCGGGGAAGCACGUUGUAGCUUCAUCAAAAGAAAACAGAGACAGACACUCGGCUGCAUGCGCGGCUGUCCCUCGUUCUCUCUGUCAGUUCUCAGUGUAACUCUGCAUUUCUCUCGCUCUCACUUUCUCGCGUUCCCCUCUCUUCCGCUUCUCUCGUUCUCUCCUCCCUCCCUCGUUCUAUCCCUCUCUCGUUUUCUGCAUCUCCCUUUCUCCUUUCCUCCGUAUUUCUCCUUGUUCUCUCCCUUCUGCUCUCUCUCGCUCUCCUCGGUGGACUGUUUCUGCACUUUCCCUCGGUCCAGAAGGUCUCCAGCCUGUGCAGCGGUCGCGACAGGCCGACCUCCCUUCGGCUGCCUGCAGCGACGCAGGUUGAAGAGGACGCAGUCGAGAGGAGGAACAGCGGGGAUUCACACAAGCAGGCACAAGCGAGAAACAGCAGCAGCCUGUAGAAGCAACACGAUGAAGAGAGCCAGAAAAAGGCGGAACGGCAAGAACCAGCGCCUGCUUAACCUUACACACACUCGCAGCCUCGCAACUUCUCCUUGGCUC